UGGGGCGGCGGAGGCGCUCGGCGGAGUCGGGAUCGGCGGGGCGCGACCUGCGCACGGACCGGGCCGAGCCGGGCCGAGCCGGGCCGAACCGGGCCGAACCGGGCCGAGCAGAACCGAGCCGAACCCAGCCGAACCCAGCAGAGCCGGGCCGAACCCAGCCGAGCGGAGCCGGGCCGAGCUGAGCCGAGCCGAGCCGAACCGAACCCAACAGAGCCGAACCCAGCCGAGCCGAGCGAAGCAGAGCCGGGCCGGGCCGAACCAAACCAAACGGAGCCGAGCUGAGCCGAGCCGAGCCGAACCACCCUGCCUAACCGGACCGAGCCCUGCCGAACCGAGGAGAACCGCACCGAAUCCAUCCCUAGAGCAGCGCACCGAACCCGUCCCUGCGGCACCGAGCCGAUCCCCAAGGCACCGAACCGGACCCACCCGUACCGCACCGAGGCCGUUCCUUCCGCGCCCAGCCCAUCUCUUCGGUACCGCACCGAGCCGUGCCCUGCGGCACCGCACCGCAUCCCGGGGCACCGCACCGCGCCUAAGGCACUGCACCCUCGGUACCGCGCCGCUCUCCGCGCCCGGUGCCCGCAGCCCCCGCGCCCGGCGGGACCAUGAUGUCGUGUGCCGAGCUGCUGGCCGUGUGCCUGCUCUCAGCUGAUCGCGGCCCCAAGCCCCACCGCCAGCCGCUGCCCAUCUUCCACGACAUUUUCCGGCGAGCCGACAAGAACGAUGAUGGGAAGCUGUCAUUUGAGGAGUUCAAGAACUACUUUGCUGAUGGCAUCCUGAGCUCGGAGGAGCUGUGGGAGUUGUUCAGUGGCAUUGACAGGCGUCACUCAGAUAACGUGGACACGGAGAAGUUGUGUGAUUAUUUCUCGGCAUACCUCGGGGAAUACAGGAAUGUGCUCUCCGCCCUGGAAACCCUCAACGCUGCGGUGCUGGCAGCCAUGGACAAAACCAAGCUGAGGUACGAGACAGCCUCGAAGAUGGAGCAGUUCCUGACGCGGUUCCUGCUGCGGGAAACCAUGCACCAGCUGCAGUCCCUGCAGGCAUCCCUCGAGUGCGCCGUGGACACGGUGGAGGAGCAGGCGGGACGGGAGAGAAAGGAGAUCAAGAAACCGGAGACUUCGGUCGGCCCGAGGUCAGGGCGGCGGUGUGGGCGCAGGGGACAGAAGAACAUCUGCCUGUCCCCAGCAGACCCCUACUCUGGGAUGCUGACCACAGGUGUUUGUGUCGAGGACAACAGCCAGUGGAUGGCUCAGAUCAACAGGCUCCAGCAGAUCAUCGAGAAGCUAGAGUGCAAGAGCCCGCGCCUGGAGCCGCUGAAGGAGGAAGCCAUGUGCAAAGGAGAGGAUGCACACAUCCUGGUGGCCAAGAGGCAGAUCUCGGUGGCCACGAGCGGCAUCGAGGAGUUCCGGCAGGCGUUCCGCUCCUACACCGAGGGCACGGCCGGGCACAGCAGCUGCCUGCAUGUCUCUGCCUGCAAGCUGACGGACGAGGCCUGCUUCAUCCUGUACGAGUUCUGGCAGGACGUGACCUCCUGGAGAAGCCACUUGCAGUCCAGCUGCAGCAAGACUUUCCAGCAGUCCAUCCUCAGCUUGCUGGAGUCCCCGGAGCUGCUGACCACCAUGCUCUUCCCAGCUUCCUGGUGGAUCAUGAACAACAACUGACCCGGGGCAGCAUCUCCAGGACCCAUCAGCAUGCAGGAGGACCUGGAGCCCUGGGCACAGCCUUUGUCCCCUUUGUCACCUCCCUGU